GUAGAGGAUCCGAUUCCGAGAGUUAAACCUUUGCCCGUACGUAGGAACUGGUUCAUCUAGUCCAGCUGAGAUUUUCGUAACACAGAAAGCAAAACCAAAGGAUUAGGGUUUAAAAACCUUGACUACGGUGUUCAAUUGUGUUUGUGUUUGUGUUUUUGGUAGUGAAAAUGACACGUUCGAAAGCUUCCUCAAAGAAGCAGCAAAAGCGUGGAGUCGACUUCAAGAAAAUAAAGCGAAAGAUUGGCAGGAAAUUGCCGCCGGCGAAGAAUGCUACGAAUACUGAAAUUAAAUCCAAAGCAAUUAUUCUUCCUGAGCAGAGUGUGGCGUCUGAAAAGGAAGGUUUAGCUGUGAACAAGAAAGGCUUGACUUUGAAAGAACUUCUUCAGCAAACAUCCCAUCACAACCCAAAAGUUCGUAGAGAUGCAUUGAUGGGUAUUAGGGAUUUAUUCCGUAAACAUCCAGCAGAGCUGAGGUUGCACAAAUAUGCCGUUAUAGAGAAACUGCGUGAACGCAUUGGGGAUGAUGAUAAAGUGGUUCGAGAAACACUAUAUCAACUUUUUAAGUCAGUGAUAUUCCCUACCUGUAAAGAGGAUAAUCAAGAGCUUUUCAUUUCCUUACUAAUGGCGUAUAUUUUUAAUGCAAUGACACAUUUAGCAAUUGACGUUCGGUUGAUGGCGUUCAAAUUUCUAGACCUUGUUGUUGAGAAUCAUCCGCCGUCUUUUUUCCUGUAUGCUGAAAAGAUUCUUCAAAAUUAUGGGGACAUUCUACGGAAGAACAAUUUCUAUUUACAGGACAAGGGAAAACUCAAGAAUGUUCUUGCUGGGUUGCUGCGGUGCUUGUCACUGGUGCCAUGUAAUAAAAAAGAAGUUGACUCAUGUGAAAAUAAUGAUGCUGGACAAGGGAUGUUACAUGUUUUUGAGCCUGAUGUGUCUACAAAAUCUGCUGGGUUUCCUAUCAUCAUCAAGAAACUAAAGGAUCUUGUGCCAGUUUUAGUCAACUGUUUCCAAGAUUUUAUUCCAUCGACUCAUACUAUGCCACUUCUUGAUGCACAGUCAUUUGAUUGUCUGUUCUGUAUACUUCAGAGCAUAGAUAUUGCAUUCAGAUUUUUUAUUUAUGGGACUGACAAGGGUAAAUCAGAAUAUCGACUUCCUCAUGGACAAUCUGAUGUGACAGUGUGGGAUGAAACUAUCUCGUCAUUGUUAAUGAAGAAGAUACUACUAGCAUUUCCCCUCAAUCCGACGUGGCAGCUUUCAGAAAAGGAUGAUGAUAGAUAUUUUAUCUUGAACGUUCUGAUUACGGGAAUACUUUUGCAAUUCAGUGAAUGGAUCUUUCCUCCUCCUGCUGUAUUGGAGAAAUUUCUAGAGUUUCUAGAAAAUGCGCUGCUUAGAAAGAUAUCUAAUGGCACACGGUUUGGUAAAGGAGUCUGGGAAAAGCAUUUACUUUCACUUCUUCCUUUUUUUCCGAAACUUCUUUCACAAGUGGAGAGUAAUUGGAGGUCUCGUCUUCUUCAGGUAUUUACCAAGACUUUCAGGGAUUGCCAUCUCGAGUCUUCAUUAAAAUUGGCAUGCCUUUCUACAAUUGAAGAUAUGCUUAUUCCUAAAGAAGAAAGGCUGUGCCUAGAUUCUAGUGAUCCAGAAAUAUUAGAGCAUCAGAUUGGUUGGAUAAGAGAGCUUCCUCGCUUGCUAAUCCUGCUAGAUAAUAAGCAUCCAUCUUGUACCCAGGUUGUGUUGCAUCUGCAACUUCGCCUGGGACAAUGUGCUCUGAUGAACUCUUCAUUUGCAUUGGAAUAUGACAACAUGCAACACUCAUUGCUAGAGUUUUACGGCACAUGUCAGGAUGAUGGAAAUAUAUGUUAUGGUCCUUUCAUAAGGCUUCCUAGAGAUUCUCAGGAACUCUCUCUUUGUUGCCUCUAUUACUUCUCUAAUUUGGAUUCAUCUUUGUUGAAGUCAAUAGCUUCUUGUUGCUUAAGUCUAGAUUUGGAGCAAUUUAUAUUAUUUCGAAUCAUAGAGGUCCUGCAUUCGGCAUAUACUGCAGGACAUAUCAAAAUUACCGACCAUAUCAGUUUCUUCAUCACUUUGCUCUCACGUUUCAAAGUUUUCCCUGAGAACAUAUAUCCUGUUUUAGAGAGUGAUACAAAGAUCAGAAACCGAGGAACAUUCAAGUCACUCACCAGUGUUGUUUGCUCAAACCUGUCGCAGAUUGGUGAUAAUUCUCUUGUUUUUCAAAUACUACAGAAAGUAACACUUGAACAGAUAUUACUAAAGCCACCUCUAGACAAUGCUUGUGCGAUGCUCAGAAUGCUUGCUAAGCUGGAUUCCAAACCCACAAGACUUUCUGAGCAGAGUAUUAUUACUCUAAGCAAUUUCCUUUUAGGAUAUCUGAUUGAUGUUGUGCAUUGCAUUCAAGAAGAUCAUGAGGAGCCCAAUGCCUCCAUUCCUACACUCCGUUAUUAUCUCAUUCCUUGUUUUUUCUUCUUUGAUAGAAGUCACAAACUUCUGGAUCUUGUGUUGAAGAUGAUGGGGUCAUUGAUAACUGACAGUAGUUCGUCGCUUUUUUCUCCUAAAUAUGCAAAAGACUGUUCAAGUAGAAUAAACGCCAUUGUUUCUGUCCUUGUAUUGAUGCAUAAGGAUGUCAAAGUUCAGCAAAUUAUCUCUUCACUCAAGGCAGAAAUUGACCGUAUAUUACGAAAAAUACUAUCUUUCCAGUCUUCAGAGGAAAUCAGCAUGACAAUGGAAGAAAAGCAUAAAAUAAAGUGUGCCUUUGAUCAACUUAAAGCUCUAACAAGUACAUCAGCCAACGGGACGCCUGCAAUCUAAGAUGAUGUUCGUAAAUUAAAAUCUCACCCUAUAAUAUUUAGUGUCCUUGAGGGAAUUCUUAGAGAUAACAAGCGGUCAAGGAGGAGAAUGCAUUCGUUAUGAGCUCAGAGAAUGGAAUAUGCAUCAGCUUUGGCUCAUGAACCUCUCCCCAUUUUUUUUUGUAAAUAUAGGCAUCGGGCCUAAGUGCAAGUCAUUGUCGGGGUCCUGCCUGCAAUUUUGAGUUACAUAGUGUGACAUCUACUUGCCUUUGGAAUUUUUAGGUUGAGAGCUGAAUUAUAGUCGCAAUCUUUUUGGGUCAUGGAAUAGUAUGUAUGAUAUCAAAUUUUGCAGUA